GUCACCACAGCAACAACGGGACGCCAAGCAAUGCGCAAUUGCUUGUAGGCAUAUCGGUUGUAGAGGAAUUUUGCAGCAGAAUAAUGCCUCCAAAGAAGAAGAAAGGGAAAAGUAAUAUCAAUAAGUCAAAGACCAAAGAUAAGAAAACAAAUGAGGGGGGAAAUGAAUUGGCGGAAAAGUACAGGCGAAGUGCAUUGGAUGUAACAGUUCUGAGGGACCAUCUUGCUCUGCGAGGGGAUGUGGCACAGCAGGCCCAGUCCGUCGGUCAUGACCUGAGAUUUCGUAUGCGGGACGUGGAAGACACAGGUCAAAGUGAAAAAGCUGGGGAUGAGGCCAUUUUGCUGCGAGAACAGCUUGCUCAGUGUCAGGAGGAGUUGAGGGCAGAAAGGAAAGCGCAUGAGCAGUUGCAGCAGGAGAAGGAUACCACAAUAGCUGACUUUCAAAACAAACUGGACAACAUGGAGACCGACUAUGAGAAGAUUCUGCAUGACACUUUGGACAGUUUGACCUCCCAACUGGCUGAGGCUCGACUGCGGUGGGAGCAUGAGAGUACUGUUGUCCAUCAGGAAUACAAAGAGCUGCUCUCUGACUUUGGCUUGAACUCACUGGACAUCUGAAAGGCUCUAAUUAUGUAACCAGGGCCCGUAUGCAUAAAAUGUCUCCUGGUAAGAGUGCAGAUCUCGGAUCCAUGUCCCCCCUUUUACCCCCCUGUCCAUGUACAUUUCAUUAUAAUCUAAAAGGCUAAAUAGAUCCUAGAUCAGCACUCCUACUCUGAUAAUCUUUAUGAAUACUGGCCCUGAUCACCACCACAUAGUGCCAUUGCUAGUAUAAGAGCAGGCACACCAGGCGCUCGUAUGUGUCAAGCGACUCAGAGUUGGAGUGUUGAUCUAGGAUCAGUUUUCUUUUUUAGAUAAGAAUGAAUAACAUUACAUGGACGGUGAGGACCUGAUCCACAUCAGCACUCCUACUCUGAGACGCUUGACACACAUUAUGGCAAAGGAAAUAGAUAGAUUCCGUGUUGAUUUGAAGUCAUUCAUUAACGAGAAGGAAAACUUAAUGACAAUAAUGUAACAACCAGUGUUUGAUUCAUUUUGUUACUGUGUCUUUCAUGAUGUAUAAUACUUCUUAAAAUACUUCUUAAAUACA